AUGCCACGUCUGAAUCCUUCUGCCCUCAUUUCCGCCCUGGAGCCGAAUACGGUUUCACCUGUCUCGGCGCCAAAUGAUGUUGUCUUUAACAUCCUGCUUGCCGAGGAUAAUACGGUUAGCCAGGCACUAGCAGUCAAGAUUCUGGAGAAGUAUGGCCACACAGUCGAGAUCACAGAGAAUGGAAGUCUAGCUGUCGAAUCUUUCAAGGCACGAGUACAAGUGAACAAGCCAUUUGAUAUUAUCUUGAUGGAUAUAUCAAUGCCUUUCAUGGGAGGAAUGGAAGCGACUGAGCUUAUCCGAGCGUAUGAGAUGCAUAAAGGACUCUUACCGACUCCUAUCAUUGCCCUCACUGCUCAUGCUAUGAUCGGUGAUCGCGAACAAUGCCUGCAGGCAGGUAUGGACGAUCACAUCACCAAGCCCCUUCGUCGUGGAGAACUCUUGAAUUCGAUCAACAAUCUCGCAGGCUGGCGCGCACAGUUAGCCCAGCAGCGCCUCCACCACAGGCCACCUACUUUCAUGACAACAUGA